CGGCGGGCGGCACGUGCCCCGCGCCGCGCGCGCGACCCCGAUCCCCCGGGAGCCUCGCGGCCCGCGGUGCGGGGGCACGCGAGCGCGUCGGACGCCUGCGCGAGCAGCGCCCAGCCUGUGAGCCAUGGUGGAGCCAGAGCCCGAGGAGGCCUUCCCCCCGCUGCCGAUGCGGCUGGGGGCGCCGGGCAGGAGCGGAGUCGGCGGGCGUGGUGGCGCUGGGGCCGCUGGCGCCGGCUGGCGGAGGGCGGCCGCAGACGCCGAGGAGACGGCUGCUUUUGGCAUCUCCUACGCCGCUGCGGCGGCCAUGCCGCCUGCACCUGCACCACCCGGCGCCAGGGCGGCAGGGGCGGCCCCGGGCGCGCCGGAGCCGGUGGAGCAGGCGCCUCCGGAGGCGGAAGCGGCAGGGCUCCCCGAGGGCACCCUGGGCGAGGAGGGCCCCGCCGGGGACGAGGUGCCGAGGACAGUCGAUGGACAUGCUCAAGCUGAACCCGAAGGAGAAUCGGUUGAUGGAGGCGAUGCCGACCUUCACCUGCACGGCGCAGCUCUGCAGACCUCCGCGGCUCCCCCGGUGGCACCCGCCAUGGGCGGCGACGCGUGGGCUCCGGAGGGUGCGGCCGGGGAGGCGGCGGUCGCCGGCUGGCCAGGCGGGCCGCCCCCGGAGUUGGACCAGUCUGUCACGGAGGCGCUGGGGAACCUCCGGGAGAGGAAUUUUCUCUUGAAGCUGGAAAACCACAUUAUCAAUAAUCUGAAGAACGACAAGAUUGAACGCAUCAGGCUCACCACGCCCAUCGCCCCGAACCUCCGCUUCCUCGUCCACCUCGUCGCCGACUACUUCGGCCUCGAGCGCAUCGUCGACUCGGGGCCGGGCGGGAAGAAGAAGGCCACGAUGACCCUGCUCAAGACCCCCACGUCGCGCAUCCCGGAGAGGACCCUGGCGGCCAUGUGCCAGGAC